AUGUCACGCCAAGGAGAUGGCAACCGUGAUCGUCGUAUGUUGGCUACGUUGAGAGCUAACUUAGGUAUUAGAGAUGGCCCCCAGGCACGGCAAGCCAAGCCUGCUCCUACUCGUAGAAGCAAGUAUACCUCCAUUGAAGAAGCCUUGGCUACCCUCGAUGAGGCGCUGCAACAGCCCUCCACAUCUUUGUAUGAUUUUGGUGAGUAGUGUAAAUUUUUAAAAGUAUUUUUUAUAGUCAAUAAAUGUGUAGAAUAAAAAAUUUUUGACAUGGCUUUUUUGCAUAUCUCAACUCCCCCUCUUUUUGACCUGGUUUAGACACAAUAUAGAUACUUAUAUUGAAAAUGUUUUAAAAUUCAGAUUGUAUUAUAAAAUACGAAAUUUUCAGAACUAUUUUUGCGACAAAACAACAAAGAUUUUGAUGAAGAAACUUGUGAAAGGAUAGCUGAGAAGGUGAAAGAGUACUGUAUGAAAUCUGAAGAGUACAGGUUCAUAAUCAAAGUAGCCAGCGAUAAUAUCAGUAAGUUAACAUUCUGUUGCGUUUAAUACUUUUAGGCAUCUAAAACUUUUAAUUCUGGUAUUAGCAUUUCAAUCUUGGCAUUACUGUGUCGUUUACUAUCCCUGUAAUGCCACAACUUUGUAGUACUGUGAAAGCGCUAAACUACAGUACUGUUUACUUUACACAACUAACUGUAUAUAACAAAAAUUACUUUAGUACACAUUACUGGUCAUUUCUGAUACUAAUAAUCAAUUUUCAGACUGUCUAGACUUGGUGACAGCCAUUGCCAAAGAGUUUUUGGUACUAGCUAACGAGUACCUGACUGAUGAAGACUCAGACAAACAACAAGUCCCAGAACUUAUGGGUAACGUUGUAGCUUGGAAAUGGCCUCCAGGAAAGGCCAAGGCUAUUGAGAGUGUAAACCCAAUACUAUAUGUUGGUAUCAAUGUGGUCACGUCUUGGGCCAAUGUCAUCGACAGCUAUGUUAAGGUAUGUUCAGUGUUUUAUGUUGCUUUGGUACUUAAUGUGGGUACUCCUUUCAAUAUUAGUGCUUUUUUAGGGUUUUUAAGAUAUAAAAGUAGUCUAUAGUAAGUAUAGCGGAAUAACAUUGUGUUGUAUACAAAGUAAUGAGCCACGGCUGUCAUAGCGAUAUGGAGUUUAACAGCUCAUUACUUUUUGUACAACUUGAUACUUAUUUGGAGGGGCUUCUAAGCUUUAAAGUCGUAGAGUACUAUAGAGUAGAGUAGAUAUAUAUAUAUAUAUAUACUAUGAUUACUUAUUUAAAUUGAAAAACGUGAUUGGUGCAUGAUCUCCAUCAAACCUUAACUUUUCGUAAACGAUAUUAUAAAUAACCCUUUCGUAACAUACGACAAUCACAUUGUUUGAGUCAUUUGUUCCAUAACAUUGUUCACCUUUCUAGAAACAUUCCACGGAAAAGAAAAGCGACGAUGACGAAAGCAAGAGCGAUGAUGAAGAAGAUGAUGAAGGUUUUCCCAAAGAAAUUGUGGAACUGUCGAUUGCAGCACUGUGUACAGUAUGCAAUGUGGCACAAAGAAACUUUUGGCUGAAUUUUAUGGAAGAAUUCGACAAGAUAUUCGUCACUGUCAAGGCUGUUUUGAUCAGUAAUGUGGAGUUGUCACAGUAAGUUUUUAUUUGAUAGGAUUGUUACAGUUUAAAAAGGUUUUAAAAAAUUAAAAAACUAACUUUUAUAUACAAGGUUUAACGUAUCUUAAUUCAGAAGCUGUAAAGAAGGCCUCCUGAACCUGUACAUGAAUCUGUUCAAAUGGUCGGCAGCUGGUCAACCGAAGCUUACUAGCACUCAUACUCAAACAUAG